AUGCAGCUGCAGUUCCGGAGCUGGAUGCUGGCUGCGCUCACGCUGCUUGUGGUCUUCCUCAUCUUCGCAGACAUCUCGGAGAUCGAAGAAGAAAUCGGGAAUUCUGGAGGCAGAGGUACAAUCAGAUCAGCUGUGAACAGCUUACAUAGCAAAUCUAAUAGAGCUGAAGUUGUAAUAAAUGGCUCCUCAUCGCCAGCUGUUGUUGACAGAAGUAAUGAAAGCAUUAAGCACAAUAUCCAGCCAGCCUCGGCCAAAUGGAGGCACAACCAGACACUCUCUCUGAGGAUCAGGAAGCAAAUCUUAAAGUUCUUGGAUGCUGAAAAGGACAUUUCUGUCCUCAAGGGGACCUUGAAACCCGGAGACAUUAUUCAUUACAUCUUCGACCGAGACAGCACGAUGAACGUGUCCCAAAACCUCUACGAGCUCCUUCCCAGAACCUCUCCGCUGAAGAACAAGCACUUCGGGACUUGUGCCAUCGUGGGCAACUCGGGGGUCUUGCUGAACAGCGGCUGUGGGGAGGAGAUUGACACACACAGCUUUGUCAUAAGGUGCAACUUGGCCCCUGUGCAGGAGUAUGCCCGGGAUGUGGGGAUCAAGACAGACCUGGUGACCAUGAACCCCUCCGUCAUCCAGCGGGCCUUUGAGGACUUGGUCAACGCCACGUGGCGGGAGAAGCUGCUGCAACGGCUGCACAGUCUCAACGGCAGCAUCCUGUGGAUCCCUGCCUUCAUGGCCAGAGGCGGCAAGGAGCGGGUUGAGUGGGUCAAUGAGCUCAUCCUGAAGCACCACGUCAACGUGCGUACUGCAUACCCCUCUCUGCGCCUCCUGCACGCCGUCCGAGGAUACUGGCUGACUAACAAAGUUCACAUCAAAAGACCCACCACUGGCCUCUUGAUGUACACGCUGGCCACACGCUUCUGCAACCAGAUCUACCUCUACGGCUUCUGGCCCUUUCCAUUAGAUCAGAACCAGAACCCUGUCAAGUACCACUACUACGACAGCCUCAAGUAUGGCUACACCUCCCAGGCCAGCCCCCACACCAUGCCCUUGGAGUUCAAGGCCCUGAAGAGCCUGCAUGAUCAGGGGGCUCUGAAACUGACUGUUGGCCGGUGCGAUGGGGCCACGUAA